UGCAACAAGUGUGUUGGGGUGCACGAGAAGCAGAUAUUCCUCUGUGGAAAGUUUGAGGACUCGUUGGAUCUUUGGAGAGGAGAGACAGCGCGGCUGCAGACUUUAACGCACCGAGCGUGUGUGGAUGAGAUAGUUUGGAAAUUUCAUUUCAGUUAAAAAUCUACCGACAGCAGCCACCAUGGAUAGCGGAUCCAACCGAACUAUUGACCCAAGCUGCACGGAGAAACCCCCUCUCGCCAUCGACAUAAUCCUCAAGUUGGACAUCUUUGGCAUCAUAUUGUACUCUGUGCUGACCUUCAUGGCCACAGUGUCCAUGCUGAUCUUCAUAGAAGAGUGUAUCUACAUCUAUAAGAAAGUGCCCGCCAAUAAGAAGAGUGUAAUCAUUUGGGUGAAUGGGGCAGCACCGGUAAUUGGCACCAUGUCGUGUCUGGGGAUGUGGAUCCCCAGAGCCACCAUGUUUACUGAUAUGACCUCUGCCUGCUACUUUGCCAUUGUGGUGUUCAAGUUCCUGAUCUUGAUGCUCGAGGAGGUGGGUGGAGACGAGAUUUUCCUGAAGCGAGCAGGGAGCCAUAAACUUAGGAUCAGCACGGGGCCGUGCUGCUGCUGUUGCCCCUGCCUGCCAUAUGUGGCCAUCACACGGCGCUCUCUCUUCCUGCUCAAACUUGGCUCCUUCCAGUUUGCCCUCCUGAAGAUUGUCUUCACCAUCCUUUCCAUUGUCCUCUGGACCAACGGGACAUUUGACCUCGCCGAUUUGAGCAUUAAAGGAGCUGCUAUUUGGAUCAACCCAUUUGUGGGCAUCUUGACAAUCAUAGCUCUGUGGCCUGUAGCGAUCAUGUUCAUGCACCUGAGGACUGCCCUGCGGACAAUCAAGAUCAUCCCCAAGUACGCCAUGUACCAGCUGGUGCUGAUCCUGAGCCAGCUGCAAACAGCUAUCAUCAACAUCUUGGCUUUGAAUGGAACCAUCGCCUGCACUCCACCCUUCUCCUCUGCAGCCAGAGGAUACAUGAUGAGUCAGCAGCUUUUGAUCCUGGAGAUGUUCAUCAUCACGCUGGUAACACGGCUGCUGUACCGCCGACAGUAUGAACCUUUACCCGAAGAGGAACCCGAGAUAAACGAAAAAACCAGGAUGGUUACAAUGCCUGGGUCUGCAUGAGGUGUGUGUGCGUGUGUGUGCGUGUGUGUGCGUGUGUGUGCGUGUGUGUGCGCGUGUGUGUGCGUGUGCGUGUGUGUGUGUGUGUGUGUGUGUGUGUGUGUGUGUGUGUGUGUGUGUGUGUGUGAUUUCUAUAUCCUGCAUGUAUUUGAUCAAAAGAUUAUAUAAGUCAAUAUGAAUAAAUGUAAUAAGAAUUAUAUGUAAAUGUAUUUUGUGGGUGUUCAUUUGGGGUUACAGAGGUGCAAACUUUACAAAACUGUUUGAUUGACUGUUCACACCAAUCACACACCUUAUCCAGAGGGAUCCAACAGUUAUGAUAGUUCCCAUUUUGUGUCAUUUCAAUUUGUUUCUACCAAAAAAGAGACCAUGCAUAUUUGGCAAUUAUUUGGUAACACUUUAUUUUACAGGUCCACAAUUCUCUUGUAAUGUCUCUUGUAAUGUUGUCUUGGGAAAAACUGUAAUUUGGUUUUAAUUACGAGGAAAAUGGAGAAAAUGUUUGGUGAUAGUUAGUGUUCACUUGUUGAUUUGUUGAAUUUCCUUCAAGGAACUGCUCAAUUUCAACUAAACAUUGUUUUAUUAGUAGAAAUUAGAUUUUCCAUACAUGUUAAAUACGUUUGCUGGUGGACAAAUUUGAAAUUGUUUAGCUCUCCAAAUAAUUACCAAUUGAAGUACCAUAUUCCUUUCCUGUAAGUUUACACUUGGAUGUCAGUUAAAUUUUAGAAAAUUACAAGAAAUAUUGGGACCUCAAAUAUAAAGUGGCACCGCUUAUUUAUAUACACUGUGUUUUUGUGAGGCAUUAUUGCAUAAAUGAUGAUAAACUGUAUUUUUUUUGCAUUCUGUGUGACAACCGCUGGACCUUUACUGUCACUAUUACCUUUUACAAUGUGAGCAUUUUAAACAUCCUCAGAUGAAAUGUCACUGUAUGAGUUUGUGGUGUCUUUUCUUAAAGCUUGUUCAGUUUUCACAUCCAGCUGUCACACUGUAUUUUUAAUUUUGUGCCGCUAGGUGGCAGUAGACCAAAAUCGAGUGACAGCUGCCGUCAAACCGUGUGGGA